CGAGAUCUGCCGACGGGAUCACUAUCCUCCGUUCUUGCGAGGGCUACAUAUCUCCACGACAAAGGUGACACGUGAUGCUAGAUCUGGAUGCAGUGCCCUGGGAGACGCGGAAAUGCUGUGCCAAGGACAUGCGCAAGGCGGCGCAGAUAAUAGCCAUCGCCCACAUGGUGUUCUUUGGCCCCGUACUGUUUGGCAUGCUGUACAUCCUCAACAACCAGAAGAGCACUCUCUUCUUCGAUGAUAACAUCACUGGUCCUCUCCCGUCCGAGCUGCAGCUGAUGCUGGUCGCCUCCCUGGUGGUGCUCGGCCUCAGGCUGGUCUUCUCCUUCGUGCUGUUCGUCGCCGAGAAGAGCCGCGGCGUGGUGCUGCUGAGGGUGUGGCUGGCGGCGCACCUCCUCCUCUCGCUGGCCGAGUGUGGCGUCAUCACGGCGCUGUCGACCGUCGUCUUCGUGGUCGACCCGGACAUCUGGCCCUUUGUCGGCACGCUGCUCGGAGGAUUCGCCCUUCUCGGUCUGCAGACCUACAUGCUGCACGUGGUGCUGUGUCUGCACACGGGACUCAUGAAGGAGCGGCUGCUCCGCCGCCAGGUGGCGCAGCUGCACAGCCAGCUGAACCAGCUGGCUGUCAGCAUGGGCUACACCCACCCCCUCACCUACGCCACACUCAGCCUCAGCCCCCAGAUUCUGAGGCCACCAGGCAAAGCGGGUCUCAACAACAGCGUCACCACGCCACCCUUCGGCGAUAUCGCGCAGUCACCACCUGUCGGUGACACCGGAGAGACACAACCUGCCGCCGAGGUUCUGCGACCGCUCGGCAAGGUGGAUCUCGACAGCGACGUCACCACACCGCCUCCUGCCGACACCAGGCAGUCACCACCUGUCGGUGACACCGGGCAGUCACCACCUGACUCCCCUAGUGCCACACUCCCUGUCUGA